AAGGCCGGGCCAUGGAUGACGGGAUCAGAUCGAAUGAAAUGACUCCGGAGUUGUGCUACAACCACUGCUCCAGCAACGGCUACGACUUCAUGGGCCUGCAGUACGGACGCGAAUGUUACUGCGGGACCGAAAAGGAGGAGCAACGGCACGUGCAGUACGGAAAGGGCACUUGCGAUUCCCCCUGCCAAGGCGAUGACAGCCUGAUUUGCGGAGGGUUCUGGUCGUUCGAUCUCUACUACAUCGGGGAGACUGAGCCGGCAGCUGGUGACCAGGGCGUCGGUGACUCUUCCGAGAAGAAGAUCUUGCUAGACGUUCACAACGAGGCUAGGUGCGUGCACGGCGCGGAGCCCUUGGCAUGGGACGAAACCAUGGAGGAGACUGCCAGGGGUCACGCAGAGGAGCUCACCUCGCAGGAAAAUUGCGGCUAUUUAUUCCAGAGCGACGUGACAGCGCACGGUUACGGCGAAAACCUGUUCCUGUGCUACGGCGCGGCUGACUGCAUGAUGUACGACGGCGUCCUGGACUCCAUGUACGACUAUGCAGUCGACGACGGUCCGGUAGUCGACUACGACAUUCGUGCUAGGCGCAUGCUGUGGGCGUCCACAGCCAAACUCGGAUGUGCGAUCAGCUCAUGCCUCUACGAGUACAUCGACGUGGAAGUCUUGGUCUGCAACUACGACCCGAUUGGCGACUACGGGGACCCUGCCGCCAUCGAGGAAGAGAUUGGACUCCCCGAACAAUCGGAGGAGGAAUGCCAGCAGGUCGCCCCGCCGGACACGCCUUCGCCCAGGACCACCCCUGCCCCUGCCACCACCACCCCGCCGCCCUCGACUGGGGAAGAGCCUUUCACGACAACAGCUCAACCGCUCCCUGUCACCCUCCCUCCAUCCUUCCCCACCUCCCCUCCCGUCUCCGAGACUGACCCGCCUUCACCUGAACCGGAACCAUCGACCCGUGCUCCUGUAACGCCCGAAUCCACUCUGGCCCCUAUUGAGCCCGAGCCUUCCCCGGCCCCUGUUGAGCCCGAGUCGGAGCCCACUCCAGCCCCUGUUUCGCCCGAGCCCGAGCCCGAGCCCGAGCCCGAGCCUUCGCCGGUCCCGGAGACAGACGAAAGCCCUGGCGUUGGUGCAUGCGACCCGAACCCUUGCAUGAACGGAGGGUCGUGCGAGGUGGACCCCAAUGGUGGGUACACCUGCAGCUGCGGGAGCAGCUACGGAGGGAUGAUGUGCGAGACCGACGUUACAGGCAUGUCUGAGUUCUUCAUCACGGUGGACUUCCUCGGAUCGUGGACUGACGAACGCAAGGGCGUCUUCCAAAGCGCAGCUAACAGGUGGUCGGAGGUCUUGACGCACAUCCCGUGCUCCGGAACCAACGGCAACGGGGGUGCCGCGGGCGAGCUCACCAUCACCUCCACUCUUGAAACUAUCGACGGUGUCUACGGAACCCUGGGCUUCGCCGGGCCUCGCGGCACCUACAGUGACUGCCGUGGCAUCAGCUACUCGGGAGAGAUGACCUUUGACAUCGACGACAUCGCUGAGAUGGAGAGGCAGGGAACCUUCGAAGGUGUCAUCCUCCACGAGAUGGGCCACGUCAUCGGCACUGGUACCCUGUGGGGUGAGUGUUCCGAUUGUGACAGCACCGGCAGCGCGGAAUGGAAGUGCCCCCUGGCUGCCCAGGUGUACAACGACUUCAUGGGAAACCCUGCUGGUUCCCGGGCCGACAUCAUUGAGCUCGAAGGCGGAGCCGGUACAAGCUGCGGACACUUCAGCGAAUCGGCUUUCGAAGAUGAACUUAUGACUGGCUACGUCAAUGCGGGCCAGAUGCCGCUUUCAAAGCUGACGUGCGCAUCUCUGGCCGAUCGAGGCUACGUCGUCCAACCGGCCAAGGCGGACUCGUACACCAUUCCGUCCCGUCGGGACCCCUCCGCCCGCCAGGGCAAGACGAAGACAUACAAGCUUGCGGAGAGCACCGACGACACGACCAUCGACGUUUGCAACGAGGACGGAGAGAUAAUCGACACUGUUCAAGGGAAGAGGAUCCGAUUCUGAUCCGGACGCUUGCAAGAGGAAGCACACUACGCUCCCCGAUGUGCUGCAAUUUCGCUGCUCCGCUAUUGAUGUCGUUCAUGAGCGUCCAGAGAACAUGAUGCUCUUCGCGUGCUGAUGUCGGGGACCGUUAGCAUGCAGUAGUUUUCUGGCAAGAACCCACACAAAUGAUCGCAUGCUGUCCCAUUUGGUUCAUGUUUACCGUGUUUUUUAGCUACGGCACACAUAGACCCUAUAUAACAUGCCAUUGUUUAGAAAGUUGCCCAACCCUGAGGUGAUGUGCCCUACUGUUUACUUUUCGAGGAUUUCAGGCCUUCGUUCAGCUCCUCGUCGAUAUCGUCUGUACUACCUCCGUGACUCUCGCCCAACUUGUGUUGCAUGCAGCUUUUCUGCGAGGUAACCUCUCAAGUGUAGACUAUGCUUUUGAACCAGUAUCAUCCCCUUCUUUUUGAAAGUGUUGUACCUUGUUGAUCCUUUGGGAAAUGACGGAAGGGGUUUGUAAAUAUGAUUGUAUUUUUUUGCACGGGUUGCAGGUGCUCGUGAGGAGAGUAUCCGACACCCACUUGCCGCACGUACUCAAGUGUGUCGUUGUGCGGUGUAAGGUGGAUUGGAUUGUUUCCCGAGGCAAUGAACCGGCAUAAAUGGCUGUGCGGGUCCGGGAAACACAAGGUCGAACUAUCUUGUGUAUUCGCCGGUCUCUUUUCUCAUUUGGAUUCGUAGUUCACUCUGACGAUCGAAGUGUUGCAAAAGGAUCGGACGAGAAAGAAUGUGAGUUGACUCAAUAUAUCGCGCGGAAAGUGAAGGCAGUCGUCCAGCAGCGCAAACUUUUUCAACUUAAUUGUUUGAUGCGUGCGCUGUUGUUUUUGCUAUUUCGGUGAAAUUGAGAAAGCCGGUGUUGCUUGUGGAACCGAGCAUACUGGCCGGAAAGAGUAAGGCAACGCAAUGAU